AUUGCUUUAAUCUGCUCAUUGCAGAAAGUUUCGCGAACGUUGCAAAGCGAUUAAACCGAUCCGAGCCACCCGCGUACAUAACAUAAUAUUCGUGAAAAUGAGUUCCAAGUCCCUUUUCGACAGUGAGGAGGAUGCCGCCCAGGCCAACAAAUUCUCUAGGAAAGCCAAGGAAUCGCCCUUCAUGCUUGUGGGUAUUGGCGGAUUCGUGGCCGCCGGAUUGAUUGGAGCGUACAAGUACCGGAACCGUGGAACCAUGAGCACCAGCGUCUUCCUGAUGCAGCUGCGAGUGGCCGCCCAGGGAACCGUCGUCGGAUGCCUGACCCUCGGACUGGCCUACAGCAUGGCCAAGGAGUACCUGUUCGACAAGGCGCCCAAGGAGAAUACAAAGUCAUUGACUAACUAAAGAUCAUCUGAUUGCACGGCGUCCCUCUCUAGAAAUCACAGGAUGACAUCGGCUAGAUCACUAACACCUAAGCAAUCAGACCCAUCAUCAAAGGUUCAUACCGAUCCAAAUGGAUAGAAUCACUGGAGGGCUAGACUCUCGCCAGUAUUCCCGAGAGUCCAAGCCCACCAAAUUAGAUAAUGUUUUGUAUACCUGCGUAAGAUUGUGAUAUUGUGUGUUUUAAUUGUACAAGUUAAACAUCCAAACGAAAGCUGUCGAAGCAGUCGACAAGAUGAUGAAUACCUCUCGCAUGAUAUGAUAUACAUAAAUAAAUCAAUGUAGACUAAAAGAAACAA